AUGUCUGACGAAGUGGAUGCGGCGAUUAUAAAGGCCACUCAAGAUAGUUUGGGUAAAUUUAUAAAGAAGCCACCACUGACGGAAAAGCUGCUAAAGAAGCCGCCGUUUCGCUUUUUGCUGGACAUAUUCAAUGAGUUUAUUAAGCAAACGGGCUGCUUUGAGGGUCUUUAUGCGCCGGAGGAGCAGUUGUUUGAAAACAUAGCCGACAGACAUGACAAGACGCAGUUUCUGCAAAAGAUGAUAGACGUAACAAAAUUGACCACCAAGCGAGAGCUCAAGGUGCGCACCUCCAAGAUUGUCGCUGGCCACGAGCCACAGCUAACCAAUGAGUUGCUGCAGGCUAUGGCCAGCGUUGCCGAGCAGGGUUUGGACUGGCGCAGCGUUGUGGAUAGCUAUGAGAACAAAGCCAAGCCUAAGGCAAAGGAAGCCAAGCCCAAGGAGAACAAAAGCUCACCCAAUAGUCAAGUGACAGCAGCUGCUUCACGCAAGGACAAGCGCGUAUCGCCGCAGGAGCAAAAACUGCGUAAGGCUACGGAGCAAGCAGCGCGCUCGCCGCCCGUGCCUGGCAAGGAGAAGACACAACGAAGACAGAAAACUUCAACGGAGGCAGAGGCAAAGCCCAAGCUUAGCAAGCAAGGUUCCAAGCACAAGACGCCGUCGCCAACAAAACCAGCAGGCAAACCAAAGCCGCAAACAUCCACAGAAAGCGAGGCCAUGUCGCCGGCGCCCGUCAAGCAGGUUACACCCGAAGCGCCAGCUAAGCAUAGCGCUGAGGCUAGAAGAUCGCCGAAGGCCAACACUGAGCACAGCUUGGAGACAACUGCAGCGUCAAGUGUUGUUGCUGCUCCCAACUUAAAUGUUGAGCCAGAAAGCCGCAAAUCGUCGAGUAAGAGUCGCCGCUCAAGCGCUAAGCGUGAGGCAGCGCCAGAGCCGCAGUCCAUUGAAACACCCUCACCAGCUAGCGAAGCCAACAACAAUCCGCCAGUGCAGCCACAACCAGACAGCAACAACAACAGCAACAAUAGCAACAUGGAAAUCAAACGACAGCGUGAGAACACAUUUACGCGUGAAAGCUCUCGAGAUUCAAAUAAUUCAGUUACACGUCCACGUACCUCAUUGCGUCCACCCAGUGCACGGCCAGCUUCAGCGCGUCCCGGUGCGCCACGUCGUCGCAAUGUAGAAAUUGUGUUGCAGCCCAAUGAUCAGUUGAAGAUGUCCGGCAUUAAUGUUAAGCUGGAAACCUUUGGUGACUUUGAUGACGAUGGCGAGAACUUGGUUAUCAUUGAGGAUGCCAAUGCACAUGACAUUGAGUCGGGUGGCGGUGCGGAGACGCAACUGGAUGCAGAUCAGCCCAAUCAGGGCCGCUUGGUGCAGCAAAUACUCGAAACACAAAAGGAACUUGUGCAGCCAAGCAGCGAGCCCAGCAAGGAGGAGCAGCAGCCGCAGCUGCGUCAAAGCUCUGCGCGCCAAAUGAACGAUCUGCGGGAUGUUAUACAGUCGCUGACCAAGAGUGUGAAUCCAUUGGGCAAGCUUAUGGAUUUCAUACCCGAGGAUAUUGAUGCCAUGCAGCUGGAGCUAACCAUGUGGCGCGACACCUAUACUCAGGCCUAUGCGGAGCUGAAGCGUGAGCAGAGUCUUACCGCAAGUGCCACGGAGCCGAUGAAGCAGCAGCUGCUGGCAAUUGAGGCAAGCAUUGAGGAGUACAAGGAAUUGAUUGACGAGAGCCGGCACAAAAUUUUACAGAACAAUGAGCGCAUACUUAAAAUGUUAAUGGAACAAUAG